GGGCCAGAGGAGAGUUUCUCCCUGUCCAUCUUUAUUUAACUGCCUCUGACGGGCCAGCUGUGUGGGUGGAAUCCAAGGACCACCUACGUGGGGAGAAUCCAGGCACUUUUAGGUGGAGUAAUUACUGGCCACCUUUAGGAUAUUAUGAUCUACUGUCAUCUUGGGAGAAACUAGUACGAACAAAUGUGGGCAAAGCAGCCGCAAGCUACGUGCCCCACAAGAGCUCCACAGGGGAGGCUCCAGAGAAACAGAGAUGCUGUGGCUUGGCCCUUCUCUAGGCUCUGGAGAGCCUCUGACCCGACUCUGUUCCAAAUGACCAUCAUUGCUGCUCUCUGGGUGACUGUUUUUGGUAAAUGUGGUCCACCACCAGAUAUACCCGGUGCCUUGCUAGUAACUGAGACAAACAAGACAGAGUUCGAAAGCUUUGAAUUCCUGAAAUACAGUUGCCGCCCUGGCUAUAUUAGAGCGACUUCAGGCCAGGCUAUUUACUGUGAAGCUAAGGGGACAUGGACUGUUACUAUCUCCUGUGUCAAAAAAUCAUGCAGGAAUCCAGGAGACUUACCAAAUGGACAAGUGGAUAUUAAGUCAGAUUUCUCUCUUGGAUCACGGAUAGAAUUCAGCUGCUUAGAAGGGUAUAUCUUAAUUGGCUCAUCCACUAGUUAUUGUGAGAUCCAAAGUAAAGGAGUUGCCUGGAGUGAUCCUCUCCCAGAAUGUGUAAGUGUCAAGUGCAGGGCCCCUCCAGACAUCAGCCAUGGGAGGCACAGUGGUGGAGAUGAAGACUUCUACACGUACGGCUCCUCCAUCACCUACAGGUGUUACCCCAACUUCUCACUCAUUGGCAGUGCCUCCAUCACCUGCACUGUGGUGAACAAAACAGUGGGUGUUUGGAGCCCAAGCCCUCCCACCUGUGAAAGGAUCAACUGUCCUCAGCCAUAUGUUUUAUAUGGAGUAAUUGAUUCUGGAUUUAAAGCUACCUAUAAAUACAAAGACUCUGUUCGAUUUGCCUGCCUGAAAGGGACCAUCCUCAGUGGCAAAAAUACAAUCUCUUGUGAAGCUGAUGGCAACUGGCAUCCUUCUCCCCCCGUUUGUGAGCCUAAUGGUUGCACUAAUAUACCAGACAUUCCACAUGCUAGCUGGCUACAAAAUUUCCUGCCCAAAAAGGAAGAUAUAUAUCCGGUUGGGGCAACAUUACAAUACCGCUGUCAUCCUGGCUAUGCACCUGCUACAAGAGAGAGGACGACUCUAGUUUGUCAGAAGGAUUUCACCUGGAGCCCAUUCAAAGGAUGCAAGGAGGUAUGUUGUCCAGUACCAGAUUCAAAGAAUGUUAAAAUCAUUCAGCAUAUGAAGUUGUCUCCUGAGAAUGGCUGUACUUAUUUCUAUAAUGACAAGGUGUCAUACAAAUGCCAAGAUGAUAACAUCUCUUCAGCUACUUGCAAAUCAGAUGGCACAUGGAAUCCCCGAACGCCGUCAUGUGAUCAGAAUUGCAAUGUUCCUCCAAACAUCGCCCAUGGACAUUAUACAAAAUCUACUGAAUACUUGCCACCAUUCCGUCCUAAGGCUACAUAUGAAUGUGAUAAAGGAUACAGACUGGUUGGAGAGGCAGACAUCUACUGUCGGUAUUCACAAUGGACACCAGCAGCUCCACAGUGUAAAGCUGUAUGCCAGAAACCAGAGAUAAAAAAUGGAAUGCUGUCUGCCAAUAAAGACCAGUAUGUUGAAUCUGAAAGUGCCACCAUCCAGUGUUACUCUGGCUUUGCCUUGCUUGGGUCCCAAAAUAUCACUUGUUUAGAGAAUGGAACCUGGUACCCAGAGAUGCCCAAAUGUGAGCAGGAGAAAGACUGCGAGCAUGUGUUCGCAGGCAAGAAGCUGAUGCGAUGUUUGUCAAAUCCAAAUGAUGUGAAAAUGGCCCUGGAGGUUUACAAGCUGUCUCGGGAGAUUGAACUGUUAGAGCUACAGAUAACCAAGGCAAAACAAGCCGUCCUGGAGGGAUGAUGUCGGCUUCCUCAGGAUAGAGGAAGAAGUACCUCACUGUCUUUCUGACUUCACUGUCGCAACAGACUGCUUGCAAGUGGCACCUUUUGUCACUUUGGCACCAAUGCUCGUGAUAAUAAAUAUCUGUUAGACUAAUUCAUUCAAACAUGAUGUUUUAAGUUUAUGAAAUAAUUAAUGAUCUCGUGACCCAUAAAUCUGCUAUUCUAAAUAUAACAGGCACAUUCUUUUUCAAUUAAAAAAUCAAUGUUGCUCUUGUAUUCAUUUGCUAUUAUGUAAAAUCAAUACUUUUAUUUAAAAUAUGUGCUAUAAAUUUCAUUUCAGUGUGCUCACACUGUUGGGUCCCUGGAUUGCCUCUCUCUCAGCCUCACAUGUGCACAUCAUCCAGGUCCUUGGAGUUCAGGGUAACUGUCAGCACGCCCCAUUCCCCACCCCCAACCAGCCCAGUCCAGGCUACCCACUGAAGGCCUCCUCCGAACCAAACCGGAAGAGUGCCUCUUUCAUUCGGGCCUCGCGUCAGUCUUUAACCUCGCUGAAGGGGACUCACCUAGUCUCUCUCACCUUACUCCACCCCGGAGAAGAAAGUUCAAGGAACUGACGACUGUGAAGACCACAUCAGCCACCUUCAUCUUCUCCAGUCUUCCAUCUGCUUUGAUCACCAUUUUCCUUGCUAUUGAACGAACAUGGCUGGAGCCACUUCCCAAACACCGGAGGAGAAGCCCUGUGUCACCAUCGUUUGUAUCGGAGCUCUCUGGGGCAUCACAGAUUUCCGGGCACCAGCGCUUGCUCCCCCUAAGUCUUCCUCAUUCUUGUCCCAGCAUCACCUGUUGUCUCUUCCCAAUGGAACUCUGCCUCUUUUCGUUGACUUUCUCCAAACAUCCUGCAAGGAGGCCAUGAUAUAUAGCACAUUUUCACUGGGCCUUAGAUGAGUCAGAUGUGCCUGAGCUGCUGGAAAACUCCUGUCUGCCGUCAUAAAAGCCAUUGCCCGAUACUAAGAGGCGACUUGGAAUGUCUUUCUUGGAUGACCAUUUCUGGUUUUCCUCAGAUACAAGCAUACGUGACAGCUGACUUACUUAGGUGGUUCUGGUAAGCGCUGGGAGGGGAUGGUUAUGCAGGAAAAG